AUGUCAAAAAUAUCGCAGGACGGAGAUCUGGAUGAUCCGUUCCUGCUGCUUCUUCGCAAACGGGCGAUCGAGUUGCGCGAACGACUAGACAUCCCCUUCUCGCACGAUGAUCGGGAUGAUGGGCAGCACUGGCCAAGAUGCCUCGCGAGGCCGCCUUCCGUGGACGAGUUCCGAAAGAUAGUGGAAAGACAUGUACCAGUGCUCAUAAACGGAUCUAUGGACGAUCGCGCGGAGCUUGCGGUGAGAUGGAAGGACACCGACUACUUAGCGGAACGCAUGGGCGAUCGAAGCGUAGUGGUUGCCAUCACCCCUGACGGACGGGCAGAUGACCUCGUAGUGCAUCCGAAGGACGAGAAGCCGGUAUUCUCACUUCCCUUGGAGCGGAGAAUGCCCUUCUCGGAGCUGCUUGAACGUCUAUCCAAACAGGUGCAGGGCAAGAGCAACACCAUCGCAUAUCUUCAGUCACAGAACUCCAACUUGAGCGUGCAGGAGUAUGGCGAUCUCUCGCCACUUCUGCAGGAUCUUGAACUCCGCACAGGUGCUGAAAGCACUGAGGCUGCAGAGACAAACCGCAGCGAUCUACCCUGGGCAACCGAAGCCAUCGGAUAUCCACCCGAAGCAACCAAUCUUUGGAUCGGCACAUCGGCGUCUCGAACCUCGAUGCAUCGCGAUUACUACGAGAACCUCUUCACAGUCGUUCGAGGCUGCAAAGAGUUCACCGUCUAUCCUCCUUCCGAAGCUUGUUUCCUCUGUGACGAUCAAGAGUACCAUAUCCACAACUACAACACAGACGAACAAGGGCAGCUGGUGUUGCGACCGGAUCAGAAUGGCGCAACGACAAGGUGGAUCCCCAUCAAUCCGACUUUGCCCAAGCAUGCCGCUCGCAACGCACCCUUUGUGCAUCGCGACCUCAACUCGAUAUCGAAAAAUGCACCCAGACGACCACACGGCGAGCAGACCAAAUACGGCUAUGCAUUACCUGCGCUCAGGAUCCGUGUCCACGAGGGCGAGACGCUCUACUUGCCGAGCGGCUGGUUCCAUCACGUUUCGCAACAACAGGAUCAGCAGCUGGUUUCAGUCGAUGGCAAGCAAGUUGAUCGAGGUCUCUGUCUUUGUUUGAAUUGGUGGUACGAGAUCUCGGAUGAAGUAGCCAUUCAGCUGGAAGAGAUGAACCUCGAUAUACCCUCGUAA